AUGUCAACCACCGACGAAACCUUACAAUCUUCCACAGCAUUUGUCACUAAUAAUGAUUUGACACCAGAAUUAACCGAAGAACAAAAACUGCGUAAUAAAUAUGGUGGUGCACUUCCUCGACAACAAAAUAUGCUACAAAAAAAACUUCUUUCGAAAGGAGGAGCUCCAAAAUACUUUGAUUCUGGCGAUUAUAAUAUGGCCAAAGCUCAAGGUAAAAUGAAUGCUGGUAAACCGGAUGCGAUUAAAAAAACAUCAGUGCCCGAAACUGUUACGGGUCAUGAAAUUCCAACACCCGAAACCGUUUUACCAAGAAAAUUAUCUUGUGCGGCAGCAUCGUCAGUUACGAGUAUUGGAACUAAUCUACUUGGUGGUACAUCUCAAAUUUUACAACAACAUCAACAACAGACACGUACAACCAACACCCUUUCAUCACUUAAUUAG